AAGAUUCAUUCGGAAGUUUCAGCAGCAUACCCAUUGAGAACACAAGCAUUUCAUCAUCAUCAUCAUCAUCAUCAUCAAUGUCUAAGCCAAGGUUGGAGGGCAAGGUGGCCCUCAUCACUGGUGCAGCUGGUGGCAUUGGUGAGGAAGCAGCAAGACUUUUCGCAGCGAAUGGAGCUUUUGUUGUCGUAGCUGAUAUUCAAGACGAAUUGGGUCUUCAAGUUGUGGCCUCAAUAGCCUCGGAAAGAGUCUCAUACUUCCACUGCGACGUCACAGACGAAAACCAAGUUGAACAAACAGUAAGUUACACAAUGGAAAAAUACGGCAGCCUAAAUAUUUUGUUCAGCAAUGCAGGCAUUAUGGGUCCAAUGACUGGCAUUUUAGACCUCGACAUCCAAGGUUUCGACAGCACAAUGAUCACAAAUGUCCGCGGAGUUGCAGCGACAAUCAAGCAUGCCGCGCGUGCCAUGGUGGCUAGAAAAAUUCGCGGCUCAGUUAUAUGCACUACAAGCGUUGCAGGUUCACUUGGAGGUACAGCUCCACAUGCUUAUACAACAUCAAAACAUGCCUUAAUCGGGUUGGUGAGAUCGGCUUGCAGUGAGCUUGGUGCUUAUGGGAUUCGAGUAAAUUGCAUUUCCCCAUUUGGUGUUGCAACCCCUCUUUCGUGUAAGGCUUAUAACUUGGAGCCAAAUGAGGUCGAAGCCAACAGCUGUGCCAUUGCAAACUUGAAGGGGACUGUGUUGAAGGCUAGGCAUGUCGCAGAGGCAGCUCUGUUCCUUGCUUCAGAUGAAUCGGGUUACGUUAGCGGACACAACUUAGUUGUUGAUGGAGGCUUCUCGGUGGUUGAUCACAGUUUUUCACCCAACUAACUCGAGCUGCGUUUAGUUGUCUGCUCAAUGAACCAACUUUUAAUUCAAGGUUGGAGUUUAAUUCUUUUUUGCUUAUUUAUUUUAAAAAUUAAAUAGAAUUUCUCUGUUCAAGUCAAACAUUGUUAGCAGUAAAUCCAUGUGCCUUUUCCUUGUAUUCUGCAAUGUUUAUUGAUCAUGUUUCCCACUGUUCAAGUCUUGUUCCCCCAUUAUGCCUCAUAUUCCC